UGUUCCGAAAAAGUUUCUCUUGCGUGAAUGGUGAAAUUUUAGAAAUGUUGGUCUUGAGAAUAGAUCAGAUGAGUCUUGAAAUUUUUCUUCGUAACAAAUCCAUAGUGUUUCAAUCAUCAUUGUCACGAUCAUCGACGCUUUGCUGAUUGCGCUUCGGGCGAGCUCAGGUUGAUAAGUUUGGCGAGUUUUGCCCAUCUACACGUGUAUGUGCGUCCAGUUCUUAUCUGAACCAGAGAGCUACCCCCCUCAAAAUAUACUGGCGUGAGCUUUGACGAUUUAACAGCAAAACACACAAUUGAACAAAUAAUCGUUGACGUAUGCGGUAUCAAAAUUUGCUUUGGCCGGUCCUGCCAUUCAAUCGCCGAAGGUUCCAAAAUUUCCCGCAAUAAAGCCCAAAUCAGCUGCCGCCGAUCCCAAUCGUCCCGGUAUAAAAGGGAGGUUUGGAUUGUACGGAAAUCUAGUUCGGUCCUGAAGCUCAACUUGAACAAAAUGAAACUAAUCGAAGUGCUCGCAAUCGUCUUGGUCUCGCUGACCGUCGUUUCGGCCCAGUGUCCUCGGAUCAUCAACCGUGCCGGAUGGGGAGCCCGUUCUGCUAGCACGGCAGUGUUGCCAAACCGUCCCGCACCCUGGGUCGUGAUUCAUCAUACCGCCGGAACCGCCUGUUCGACGGAUGCCGCCUGUGCCCAGCAGAUGCGUAACAUCCAGGCGUUCCACAUGGACAGCAACGGUUGGGCCGACAUCGGGUACAAUUGGUGCGUCGGAGAGAAUGGAGCCGCCUACGAAGGACGCGGUUGGGGCCGCCAGGGCGCCCACGCUCCCGGAUACAACGAUCGGUCGAUGGGAAUUUGUGUGAUCGGAACGUUCACCAACAGCAUCCCGAACCAGGCCGCUCGCACUGCCACUCAGUCGUUGAUUUCGUGCGGAGUCAGCAACAACCAUAUCUCCAGUAGCUACUGGCUGAUCGGACAUCGUCAGGCUUCGGCUACCGCCUGUCCGGGAGAUGCCUUCUUCAAUGAGAUCCGUAACUGGUCGCGUUUCAAUCCAAAUCCUUGAAGGAAUAAUAAUCGGUUGAAAAUAAAUUGGUAAACUAAGAAAGUUAAGAA